AUGGCCGGCGAGAUCGAGGAUCUGAGCGGUCGGGAGGCGCAGACUGUCUGCGACGGCCUGGGACGCUACGAGGACACGCUGCGGGGCGCCGUCCGGGAGAUCCAUGUGGACAUCCAGUUGUUCAAGCAGGGGGUAGGCCGGCAGGUGGAGGAGGUGCUGCGCCUCGCCAGCCCCCUGGCACACGCCGUCUCUGAGCUGCAGCAGGAGAACCGGCGCCUGCGGGUACAGCUGGAGCGCCUGUCGCGGCAGGUGGAGGCCCUGGGCCGCUCGGCGGGGCUGCCGCCCGAGUGGGUGCACGGGGCGGCGGAGAGCCCUCGGGCCGUGGGGCCCGGCUCGCCGGGGCGAGGUUCGGCCGACGGCGCAUUCUCCAGUCAUGCCAAGCUAGCGGUCACUGGCCGGAGCCAAAGCGUAGACCUGGAUGACCACCAGAAACCUGAGUUUAGAAGAGUUUUUAGUUCUUCCAACAUUGAAAAUGGGCAUCGAUCUUCAUCAUCAGGUCAGGCUAAAGUUGCCCAUGAACUGACCGGUUUCCAGAUGUCAGACUCUUCUUCCCCUGAAGCCCAUGCCCCUGCAGUCACUUUACAGAUGCCCCACCUUCCCGUUACUGCAGUAACCAGGACAUCUGAGAAGUUUUCAGGAGAGAACGUCUGUCAAACAGGAACAACUAAUACAUCUUGUUGUCUGCUGGGGCAAGGCAAGAGCACAAACACAAUGGGAGUAAAAUCUUCCAACCAGCCAGUGAAGGACUGGAAUUCAGUUACAAUGAGAACAAUGGAUUCAUCUGCCACUGGAGAGAAUGCUACUUCUGUCACCAAGUCUGUUUCAACUGUGAACUACAGGCUGCGUAGCGGAGCCAAAACUGGUGAGAGUGCCAUUGACAGUUCCUGUGAUGUGAGCCCCAGCUCUCACUCACCUCCUCCUGCUGUACAUCACCAAGUUGAACGGAGGCGAGAAUUGGUGCGGUCUCAGACGCUCCCGCGGAUUACAGGAACACAGGCCAGGAAAACGCUUUUUGAGAAACUUGAACGCGAUGAUGGAAAAGGAAAAGUUGAAUCCAGAGCUAAGCUGAAGAGGUCACUGAGUUUUGGGGUUGCCAGCGCUAGCAGCAUUAAACAAAUUCUGUUAGACUGGUGUCGCUCAAAAACCAUAGGAUACAAGCACAUUGAUCUACAGAACUUCUCCUCAAGCUGGAAUGAUGGGAUGGCAUUCUGCGCUCUUGUGCAUUCAUUCUUUCCUGAAGCUUUUGAUUAUAAUAAGCUUGACCCAGCUAAUCGCAAGCAGAACUUUGAGCUGGCCUUUACAACAGCUGAGAAAAUGGCUCACUGUGACCGUCUGAUAGAAGUGGAAGACAUGAUGGUAAUGGGUCACAAGCCAGAUCCCAUGUGCGUCUUCACCUAUGUCCAGUCUCUGUACAGUCACCUACGACAUUUUGAAUAA